AUGGAUCUAUUCAACGCGGUAGACUAUUCCAAGGAUUGGGACAGUGGAGGUUUCGUUAUCGGAAUCGACAUAGGAACUACUUACUCUGGAUCUUUGUACAGUUUUCACAAGAAUGGACUUCUAAAUGAUCAGAUUGUCUCCUCAACCCUUUGUCUAUGGCCUGGCCCACUAAGCCAGGAUGCUAUGGAUAUAAAAGUUCCAUCAAAGAUCUCAUACGACGUCAACGGAAUUAUUUCUUGGGGGCUGGGAACUAAAGGCAAAAAACAUGCCAUCUCAUGGUUUAAGAUGCUCCUAGCGGAUAAUGACGACUUACAUCCCGAAUUUCGCGACUCGGAGUACAUCCAAGAGGCAAGACGUAUCAUGAAUACCCUAGGCAAAAACCCCAUCCAAGUUGUUGCGGACUUCCUAGGAAAGGUCUUUGAAUAUGUAGUCGUGUACAGGGGCCGAGAGAAGGGGGACAGCUUUGUAGAGAAAAGGCCUUUCCUCGUCAUUAUUACGGUACCGGCAAUCUGGAGAGGUGGCCCACUAAAACGAAUGAAACAGGCUUUGGAAAUAUCUGGAAUAUUGAAUCAUCGCUCCAACCAGGUCCCCCAAACUACAUAUAGGUUUGUUACAGAGCCAGAGGCAGCUGCUUUAGCGACGGUACCCGAAUUGAACAAGUGGGAUACACUUCUACCUGGAUCCUCAUUCGUCGUUGCAGAUCUUGGAGGAGGAACCGCCGACUGCAUAAGCUAUGUGGUAAACAGCACCGAGCCAUUUGAGCUCCGAGAAAUAGUUGAAGGUGAUGGUGCCCUUUGUGGUGCAGUAUUCCUUGAUCAGUCGUUCAAUAUGGCCAUGAAGAAGAAGGUUUUUGAGCAAGAGGGCCAAAACUGGGAUGAAUUUCACCAGCUAGAGAAGGAAAAGAUCAUCGGAAUCUGGGAAUGUUUUACCAGGGGAACAUAUGAUGCUGCAUUGGAUGGGACGCUCUCGAUCAAUCUUGGCCCAAGAAUAGGCUCACAUCAAGGCGAAGACGUUAUAUUCAAUUUCUCACGUGACGAGGUUCGCAGCAUCUUCCAAGUCGUGAUGCCUACCAUUGAGGCUCUAGUUGAACAUCAAGUCAAUGCCAUUAAAGAGAAAACUUUACGAUUUCCAGAUUGUUCAUAUAUUUUUGAAGCACUGAAGCGCCGUUACUAUGACAAAGUUCCCGUUGUCCAGGAGAGGGGGAAUAGCCCACGGGCUGCUGUGUCUAAAGGUGCUGUAAUAUGUGGAACGAAAGAGCAGGUUUUGAUACGUUCCCGUAUUGCUAGAUAUAGCUACGGUUACUUCUCGAGCAAGCCGUUCCAAGAGGGGAUCCACAAUCCCGAAGAUCGGUUCCGUGAUACAACAAGGAACUGCGAUAUGGCAAAAGGUCAGAUGGAAUGGAUCGUCAAGCGUGGGGAGAAUAUUGAAACCCAAGGAAAAACGAUACGACAGUACGAUCGACGCUUCAACCAUCGUACCCGGGGAGUUCAAACCUCUAUGGAGAUGAUCUAUGAGUCAAGAAGUGCUCAGCCCUCGGAUAUAAAGGCCGAGCUAUGGGUCGAAGAUAGUUUCGAGAUGGCCACGCAAAUCACCAUCCGGACACCGUGCCCGGUUGAGCAGCUGCCCAAGGUCAAGGAGGGAGGGGUAUAGUGGUACCUCUUUGCCUACGAUCUUGAGGUGGAAGUUGUCGGUGCGUCUAUUCUGAUAUUUAGCUUGUGAUGUAGUCAAAUAGGAGUCGAGGAGAUACUACAGAUGACCGCCUUCCAAUGACUGCGUUGCGUUUUCCACAAUCAAGAUAGUAAUGCGGUUUGAAUUUUGCGAUACCCCCUUGACCAGCAGGACAGAAGUGAUGUGGUUGGAGAGCACGUGACUAACGAUCUUGAGUGCCUAGGUACAUAAGUACAAUACAUUGAUACAUGCAGGAAACGGGAUAGUGCUUGUAUCAAGUACAUGUGGGGUAAAUAUAGUACUUAGGUUCACUUAGCUAAUAACUCGACUUCUGAGUUCCACGCCACCAGCCCACCUUCCUACGUGUAUCCUUAUCGUCCAACCGACAUUUUAAUCUAAUCUACCAGGUAU